CCGGCGUCGGCCCCACUCCCAGCAGGCGCCGCGCGCGCGCUCGACCUCGCCCCGCCCCCCCGGCCGCGCCGACCCCUCACGGCGCAGGGAGAUGGCGGAGUUGGACAUUGGGCAGCACUGCCAGGUGGAGCGCUGCCGGCGGCGAGAGGAAGGAGUUGGGUGAGAUCGCCAUUUAACUUCAUUUUCGCGAGCUGCUCAGCAGACGAGCUUCUAGGGAGAAGGCCCUUAGCUUUUCCUCCAGAUUUUCUUCCAUUUGUAUGUGAUGGUUGUUCAGGAAUAUUUUGCCUUGAACACAGGAGCAGGGAGUCACAUAGCUGUCCUGAGGUGACUGUAGUCAAUGAGAGACUGAAGUCAGAUACACAUACAUCUUACCCAUGCUCAUUCAAGGACUGUGCUGAAAGAGAGUUUAUGCCAGUUGUGUGUCCCUAUUGUGAGAAGAAUUUUUGCCUGAGACACCGUCAUCAGUCAGAUCAUGAAUGUGAAAAACUGGAAACCCCUAAGCCUCAUAUGGCUGCCACUCAGAAACUUGUUAAAGACAUUAUUGAUUCUAAGACAGGAGAGACAGCAAAUAAACGACGGAAAGGUGCAAAAAAUAGUGAAACAGCUGCAAAGGUAGCAUUGAUGAAGUUAAAGAUGCAUGCUGAUGGAGAUAAAUCAUUGCCACAGAUGGAAAGAAUUUAUUUUCAGGUUUUCUUACCUAAGGGAAGCAAAGAGAAGAGCAAACCAAUGUUCUUUUGCCAACGAUGGAGCAUUGGAAAAGUCAUAGACUUUGCAGCUUCUUUAGCCAGUCUUAAAAAUGACAAUAACAAAUUAACAGCUAAGAAAUUGAGGUUAUGUCACAGUUCCUCAGGAGAAGCCUUACCCUUGGAUCAUAUCUUGGAAACCUGGAUUGCUAAGGAGGAUUGUCCUUUAUAUAAUGGUGGAAAUAUUAUCUUGGAAUAUCUGAAUGAUGAAGAACCGUUUUUAAAAACUGUUGACGCUUACUUGGAAUAGGCAUUCAGGGAUUCAAGCCAGAAAUCACGAGGAAAAUUCAACAUUAAUCAAGUUCUUUUACUACAAAGACUAUGUAUUAUUCAUUUUUAAAAGUUGCUUUUUAUUUACAUUAUGUCAUAAUUUAUAUUAUCUGUCUUCUAUUACAUUGAAUUUGAGUUUGUGUUUCUUUUUAUUUAUAUUAUGUCAUAACUGUGAACUGACAUCAAUUAUUAGCAAAUUCUUGUAUCUAAUUAACUUUUAUUAGGCUAUGCUGUAGUAACAACAACAAAGGUGUAUAUCUCAUUUGGUUAAUGUCAGCUGUGAUCGGCUGUGACUCUGCUCCAUGUUAUCUUUACUCCAGAAUCUAAGAUGAAGGAAUAACCCCUUUUGGGGACAUUGCCAUUCUUAUGGCAGAAGAAAGAGAUGGUUCUUAGAAGAUAACAUGUAUCACUUUUGUUUUAAGCCAGACACAUGACCAAGCCUAGCCUCACGGGGCCAGGAAGUACAGCCUUAGUAUCUACCUGCAUCAUGAUGUACAAAUUGAUGUGUAUACAUGAAUCAUAGAAACUUAAAGGUUAUCUCACUCACUCUUUCAGAGUUUGUGGAUGAGGAAUCUAGGCCUAGGAAGGGGAAAUUAUUUUCUUGUUAUCACCUAAGUGCUUUGGGGUAUAUCUCUGAUAUAAAAAAAAAAAAAAACCCUCCAGCGGAAUUCAUCAUUUUGUCUGUAUGGAUAAAUUACAGAUAAGAAGAAAAAUAGGAUAGUUCAACUACAUUACAGGUCCUUUAUACAUACCAAAGCAAAACACAUGCCAAAAGUAACUACAUGUUACCAACACCUUAAAAUUAAUGCUCCUGACUGAUGUAUUCCAUCUGUACUCAACAAACUACUACUAUAGAGAAGGAAUAGAAAUUAUUUCUAUUUGUUAUUUGUCCCUUUCCUGCUUUGCGAUAGACAGGGAUAGUGCCUUUAGGGUAAAUAAAAGGAAUAAACUCAGAAUGUUUACUUCAUCUCUAAUUUUUUCCUCAUAUUAUUUUCAUGCAGUGAAUGGAAACUUCUGAUUUUUAUCAGCUGCUUAUACAUUCAUUUAUUCAAGUACCUACUAAAUGGAAGGAUUUGAUCUUAACUACCAUGGUGGAUACAAUGAAGAGAUGUUUACAUACUUGCAACUAUAAUACAAAGCAGUGUGGCAAGUGCCAAAUGAAUGUAUAGCAAGUAUAGCUAUUAUCAGAAACCAUAAGACCAGAAGUGGAGAUAAUUCUUAAAUAUAUUCCCAGAUACUAGAAAAUAUUAAUUCAAACUUAUACCUUAGCAUCUGUCUUAAUUACUUGCACACAAGAGAUGACUAACACGUCUCAUGAAUUGAACUGAAACUAAAUAUACUGGAAAAGAUAUCAGUGGAGGUUGAGAAGAGAGAGAGCAGCAUGGAGGGGAGGACUUAUGUCAUCUGCUCCCAGAGAGCAGAGAAAACUAGUCUGGAAGAGAUAGGUGCCAGCAUUCUUGGAGGCUCCAUGGAUGGGGGUCUCCAGCAUGAGCAGUGACGUAACAAGAACAAGAUUGUGGGCAAGAGAGGAAGUCCCUCCAGUGUCUCAUUUCCAGAUUAUGCUGAAAUAGACAACUUUCUCAGGCUUUCUUUUAGAGCUUUUGGUAGAGUCUGCUUAAUAUAAUUUUAGGGUUGGCUGUCCCCACGCCACCAUAGAACCUUUCUACCUGCUCACAGGCAACUAGAAUUAUAAGUAGAAGACCCACAAAUAGAAAAAAGUUAUACAUUCAGAUAAAUAUUUAACUAUACUAUGAUACAAAUGAGCUUAAGCUUCAUGUAAUCAGCCAGUAAAUAUACGUAAUUACAUUACUAGAUUUUUCCCAGAUUUGUCAGGUUUUCUUCUGGGCAGUUUUCAGAUAAGAAGCCUUGGAGAACCUGAAGAAGAGAAAAGGCUACAGAUGGAAAAUCUGAGGAAAGUAUAAAAUUUACAUUCCUUACCUCUGACCUGGGUGAUAAAAAUUGUGAAUUAAGAUAUUUGGUCACAUAAGUGUAAAGAUAGCUUUGGUUUUAUAAAGUUCUUGUUUUAUGUUUGUUUUGUUUUUAUCUUUUUAAACCAGGGAAAUUCCCUGGAAAUUUAACUGAGAUAACACAGGAACAUUAGUUCCAGUCCCUAUUUUCGCCAUUGGCACAGUGUAUCUUGUUUUUCUUAAUGUGGUACAUGGAAAUA